UAGUUACUACAAGUUUGGGCGAUUCACAAAAUGAGUUUCGCUAAGCCUGAAUAUAUACAAAACUUUUUGGAUGAAAAGUUUAAAAAACAGAAGCGGAAUGAACGAAUCACGUUGCUGAAAGAUGAUUUCCUUUCAUCCGAACAUGAUGAGCAUGAGAGGGACACAGCUUCUUAUAGAAAGACAGGAGACUCAAGAAACUCUUCAAAUAUUUCAGAAUCUGACGAAAAUAAUCUUCCGCACGAUCAUUCACAGCACAAGCAGAUAAGCAGCGACGCAGAUUGCGAAACAGAUGACAGUUUAUCAUUGUCAAGAAAAUCGAAUAUCUCUUCCAAUAGUUCCUUCGCUCGACGAGCGCAUCAGAAAAAAUCUCGUGAUGCAAAAACCCCGCUUUUCGCAGCAGGCAGUGCUAGUGGCUAUGGCGGCACUUCUGAGAUAGAACUGGACUGUGCUGAGACCUUGGCUACCUAUAGCAAUAACGGGACACCGGUAAAAGGAAUCCUUAAGGCUGGUGCCAAUGCCUCGGCAGAGGCGUCGUACCAGAGUUUUCAAAAUGUGCAAGACUCUGCUCCUGGGCCGAGCAAAUCUUCUGGCGCUCGGAAAAGAAAAAUUCACAAUCAUAAAGGAAAUGCCCACGGUGGUCAUGACGGUGAAGAACAUAUUCACGAGCAUGACCACGAUCACGAAGAUCACGGUUCUGUCGGUUCGUCCGCACCCUCUGAGGUAGAGUCAGAUCAUUGUCACGAUUCGUCGGACGAGAAGACCCAGCGAGAGAACAAAAAAAGGAAAAAGGCAAUGCGAAAGUUGCUUAUUGCUACUGGUCUCAGCUUUUUGUUCAUGGUCGGAGAAAUUGUGGGCGGCUUUCUCGCGAACAGUCUUGCUAUAAUGACUGACGCCAGUCAUCUCUUGACAGACGUCAGUAGCUUUUUAAUCAGCAUCAUAGCACUGAAAAUGGCCGCCCGGCCGAUAUCGAAGAAAAUGACAUUCGGGUGGCAUAGAGCGGAGGUUAUUGGCGCGCUGAUCAGUGUUCUUGCAAUAUGGAUUGUCACUGGCGUUCUUGUGUAUCUGGCCGUAAUGCGAUUAAUUCACAACAACUAUGAAGUUAAUGGAAAAACUAUGCUGAUCACAGCUUCUCUAGCUGUUGGGUUCAAUAUUUUAAUGGGCUUAGUUCUUCACGAACAUUCUCACACUCAUGGUCACUCUCACGGUCAUUCACAUGCGGGACAUUCUCACGAUCACAAUGAUCAUGAUCACGAAGCAGGAAGCAAUGCAUCAAGUCACGAUGAGGAAUCUGGCAAUGUUAAUGUACGUGCUGCUUUCAUUCACGUUAUCGGAGAUCUUUUGCAAAGCUUGGGCGUUCUGACCGCAGCUUUUGUGAUUUAUUUCAAGCCGGAGUACAAGAUAGCGGAUCCGAUUUGUACCUUUCUAUUCUCCAUAUUUGUUCUCAUCACCACAAUCACCAUUCUAAGGGAUACCAUCAUAGUGAUUAUGGAAGGUUCUCCAGUUGGUGUAGAAUAUUCCGUAUUAAAAGAGAAACUGUUAGAAAUAGAAGGUGUAACCGCUGUCCACGAUUUAAGGAUUUGGUCGCUGACACUAAAUCAAACUGUUAUGUCAGCUCAUCUUGCAAUAGAUAAAGGUACAGAUCCGAAUUUAGUGCUGAAGCGCGCCACCCGUCGACUAAAAUCUCUGUACGAUUUUCAUUCGCUAACCAUUCAAGUCGAAUAUUACUCCAACGACAUGGACGAAUGUAAAAAAUGCCAACCAGCCUGACGUAGUUGCUAUGACGUAACUAUGACGUCAUAGUGCUGAAUAAUGCAUUGGCAAACAUAGGUGCAAAAAUGCAGCUAGGUAACCUGAUACAACCUUUACGAAAACAUCUUAUAUAAUACACUGUGGGGAGUCGUAACAUUAUGUGGUUCCCAUAUUAACAUGAUGUAACUAAUACAUGUUGUCAACUCAAAUCUGCUGAAAUAAUUUAUAACGGUUGUUAAUUGGGCGUUUAAUUUGCAAAACCCUAUUGAACUUGUUUCGUAUUUGUAUAAUAUAGUAGGGUUUGGAAAGAUGGAACACAUUUUUAUUCGAUUUUUUCGUCCCACUUGGUAGCAAACAAAGAACAUUCCAAUAAAAACUGUAUCUUCACGACUCGCAUAGACCGUUGUUAGCUGAUUAAAACACGAUCGGAAUAUUUGGAUACUAUUUGCAAAAGGUGUCUCAUCUUUCCCCACCCUAUAUCUGUUUGAAAGCUAAAUUCGAAGUUGCUAGAAUUAUUUUUUCGAUAUGUCUCCGUUUAAUUCAUUUUGUUUACACCAUAUGACCGUACGUAUUUCUGUUUUCUGCACCACCAUUUCUUGUUUUUUUAAUCACAAUUAUCCUCUACCACGGCACGCAACUUGUGAACCACAUCCAGUUUCAUGAUCACUAGAAUCAUGAUCACGAGUUUUAUGAUCACAAUUAUCAUGAUCAAUGAUAAUCGUGAUCACGAGUUUCAUGAUCACAGUAUUAUGAUUAUAUGCUUCAUGAUCAUGAACAUCAUGAUCACAAUUAUCAUGAUCAUGAGUUUUAGGAUCAUGAUUCCAUUUAUCAUGAUUACAAUUAUUAUGAUUGUGAUUUUCGUAUUCACGAGCAUCAUGUUCACGAGUAUUAAAACCAUGAAUAUCACAAAAAUGUCAUUAUCACGAUUGCAAUGAUUACUACCACGCUUAAAGUGUUAUUUUCACGAGUAUCAUAAUCACGAAUAUAUGAUACAAUUAACGUCGUUAGCAAAAACUUUUUUCAAUUAUCGUGGUGUUGACUUAUGUGCAAUAAAGAAGUAAAAAUUACUGAA